AUGAGCUUCACCCCCAAGAUAGCGAGGGCCAUCUCGCUCUCCGCUAUGCGACCCUUUCGAUCCUCCCUGAAGUCCUUCCCGGCGGCUCGAAUCGCCUGGCCAAUACCGACCCGCACGCAGCUCCGCCAUUUCCAUCCUACCCGCCCCUCGGAAAUGGGGGUUAUCAAUGGCAUGCUGGACGGCUCCUACGCCCUGAUCCAGGGCGUUCAUUCCGUCUCACAUCUACCAUGGGUCUUGUCAAUUCCGCUCACGGCCGUCCUCGUCCGAACGCUAGUCGGUUUCCCCUGCAGAUCUACACCCGGCGGCACGCUCGACGAGAGCAAGAUCUAG